UCCUGCUUGUUAACUACUACUACCACAGUAAAUUGAGCCUGGAGCGUACAGGUUCUCGUCCCUAGUGAAUCUUCCCUCGCCAUCUCCAUCCUCUCUCCCACUCUUUGUGCCUUACACUCCAUUGUGACAAUCAUAAAUCAGUUGUCUGUGCAACUUAAUCCUUUUUACCACAGAGCCCUGUGGCUCCUCUCCCUCCUCUCUCACUCAUGCUCAUGCUCACCUACUCUCGGGUAUUCAGGUGUGUCUUUACAUGCUUCAACUUUCACAGUAGUUACUCCACAACCCAUCGCUGCCCUACACACUGGGGAGGGAGACUUCACUAGGCAAUGAAAUAUUGCUAGAUCUUUACCUUUUUCUGCAUGGAAAUCUUCAGUCCUGAACAGGAACAUCAUUAGAAUGACAGUGCUCUAACUGCGAGCUCUGUGAAGCUCCACAUCACAUACAAAGCCCACAGUUUUCAGAACCACAGCAGCUAUGGCCCGAGAGGAGAUAUCUACACUUCUGCUCCUCAUGUUGCUAGUGCCUGCUGAUCUUCAGGAAGGCUGUGAGGGGGGUUUGUGCUACCCAAGCCUGGGCGAUCUUAUGGUGGGCCGUGCUGCCCAGCUCUCUGCCUCAUCCACUUGUGGUCUAAAUGGACCACAGAACUAUUGCAUCCUAGGAUACCUGGAGGAAGAACAGAAGUGCUUCACCUGUGACUCCAGAAGCCCCUACAACCGCCACAAUAACCAUUACAGCCACCAAAUAGAGAAUGUCAUCACCACUUUUGAACCUGAGCGCAAGAUGAAAUGGUGGCAGUCUGAGAAUGGUGUGCAACAAGUCAGCAUUCAACUGGAUCUUGAGACUGUGUUUCAAUUUAGUCAUUUAGUCCUGACCUUCAAGAGUUUCAGACCAGCUGCAAUGCUGGUGGAGAGGUCUAAAGAUUUUGGGCGCACUUGGAAGGUGUUUCGAUACUUCGCUGCAGACUGUGCUAACGACUUCCCCAGGGUUUCAGAAGGCCUGGCAGAGAGCAUUGACGACCUCAUCUGUGACAGCCGCUACUCUAGACCUGAACCCUCUACUGACGGAGAAGUGGUGUUAAAAGCUUUGGACCCCAACUUUCACAUUGAUGAUCCAUAUGAUCCCAUCAUUCAAGACCUCAUCACCAUGACUAAUCUACGGGUGAACUUCACACGUCUAUUCACCCUGGGAGAUAACUUGCUGGGGAGGCGGAGGAGGAACCCUCAGGAUAAGUACUACUACGCCCUUUAUGAAAUGGUAGUCAGAGGAAGCUGCUUCUGCAAUGGCCACGCAAGCCAGUGUAUGCCAGUAUACAGCACCCGUGGAGAUACCUUCAGUGAACCUGGAAUGGUUCAUGGGCGCUGCAUGUGUCAACACAACACUAUGGGGAACAACUGUGAGAAGUGCCAAGACUUUUACAACGAUGCCCCCUGGAGGCCAGCUGGAAACAAUGACCCAUACGUUUGCAAAAAGUGUAACUGCAAUGGUCACUCAGAGCAAUGUCAUUUUGACAUGAAUCAUUACAUUGCCACUGGACAGGUCAGUGGUGGUGUGUGUGACAACUGUAGAAACAACCGGGUGGGUGCACAGUGUGAGCACUGUCAGCCACGCUACUACAGGGACCCUCAGCGCUCAGUCCAAGACCCAGCAGCCUGUGUUCCUUGUGCCUGUCACCCGGCGGGGUCUGUGGAAGGUGGUCUGUGUGAUCCAGUAACUGGUCGCUGUAUGUGCAAGCAGAAUGUAGAGGGUGAACGCUGUGACCAAUGCAAGUUGGGAUUCUAUGGUCUCAGCCAGGAAGACCAGAGUGGCUGCCAGAGAUGUAGGUGCAAUUUCUUGGGCACCAAACGUACCUCCCCUUGUGACCAGACCACAGGCCAGUGUAUUUGUGAACACUUUGCCCAUGGACCAGAGUGUGAUCAGUGUGUACCAGGAUACUGGGGGCUAGGAAAUACAGUGUAUGGCUGCUUACCUUGUGACUGUGAUAUAGGAGGAGCCUUCAGUACUGAGUGCUCCUCAGUGAAUGGUCAGUGUCAGUGCAGAGCUAAUAUGAUUGGUCUCAGCUGUAGUGAGCCUGCGCCUGGUUACUUUCUGGCCCCUCUGGACUUCUAUUUAUAUGAAGCUGAAAAUGCAGCUCCUCUGGACACGAAGUGCUCCUCUUAUCUGGUGAGGCCCACUCCUUCUGCUAUUACAGGACCCCCAGUUCAAAAACCUUCUCCUCCACCUUAUCAACCACUUGAACACACUCCAGCACCUUCCACUCUGCCCCGAUGUGACCACUACUUCAGAAGCAGGGGUUAUGAUUUUAUGUUCAGCGAUGGGAAAUUUGUAGUGGUGAAGCAUGAGAGGCAUCAAGCUAGAAAGAGAAGACAAGGCCAGAGGAAUAUUUCCCUCCUGCCAGGAUCAUCCCAUCAAAUCAUCUUAAAACCGUAUACUCCAGAUGUACCUGUCACUUGGACUGGACCAGGAUUUGUACGACUUCAAGAUGGAGCUGGGCUUAGAUUCGCUAUCACUAAUGUUCCCUUAAAUCUUUACUACCAUCUUGUUAUUCGCUACGCUACAGAGUUCACAGAUGACUGGACAGCUACUGUAAAAAUUGUACCUAUAGGAUCUUAUGAUGAAAAUUGUCCAAACAAUCCUUCAGAGAAAACUAUGGUACUUCCCAGCACUCGCAGGGCAGCCACUUUGGAUCCUCCAGUAUGCCUCAGCUCUGGCGUGCGGUACUAUGUGGACAUAACUUUUGAGAAACGGUCCAAUCCCGACCCUUACUGCGGGUCCCGAAUUCUAAUUGAUUCUAUGGGACUUAUUCCAAAGGUGGAGUCUCUUCCAAAUUUCUGCACUGAGGAAGCCCUGGCUCAGUACCAGCAGUAUCAAUGUGUGGAGCUUAUUUCACGGGCAGGAGAGCACACCCUUCCCGAAGUGUGUGAAAAACUGGUUGCCAGCAUGUCUGCCUAUAUCCAUAAUGGCGCAAUUCCUUGCAAAUGUAACCGUGAUGGGUCAUUUAGCUCAUCCUGCAGUAAAUUUGGAGGACAGUGUGACUGCAAACCCAAUGUGAUUGGCCGUUGCUGUGACACCUGCGCCCCCUUGACGUAUGGCUUUGGGCCAAAUGGCUGCUCACCAUGUAACUGUGAGCCUUCUGGCUCCAAAGCAGAGGUGUGUGACUACAGAACUGGACAGUGCCCAUGUCAUAAUAAAGUCACAGGCCGACGCUGUGACCAGUGCCUGCCUGGAAAUUAUGGUUUUCCUAACUGCAGACGUUGCCAGUGCAAUGGCCUAGCUGAACUCUGUGACCCUAUUACUGGAGUUUGUCUGAAUUGCAAGGAGCAUUCAACUGGUCCCCAUUGUGAAAGGUGUGUGGAGGGUUACUUUGGUGACCCUGUCUCCAGGGACACUUGCAUGCCAUGCCAGUGUCCAGAUGUGAAGGGCAGUGGACGUUUCUUUGCUCGCACUUGUAACAAGGACCCAAAUUCUUUAGUCCCAAGCUGUGAAUGUGAGACUGGACAUCAAGGCUUACGCUGUGAUGUAUGUGUUCCUGGUUACUAUGGUAACCUGUUGUUGCCGGGUGCAAGGUGCAAGGAGUGUCCAUGCAACAAUAACAUUGACCCUCGUGAUGGCAAGGCCUGUGAUGCCGUGACUGGCGAGUGUCUCCGCUGCUUACACAAUACUCAUGGGCCUAACUGUCAGACCUGCAGACCUGGUUACUAUGGCAACGCACUGCUCCGGGACUGCCGAGAAUGUGUGUGUGACCAACUGGGGACAGAGCUGACAAGAUGUCCACUGGAUGGGCCAUGUUUCUGUGAUGCGGUGACUGGGCAGUGCCCCUGCCGUGCUGGUGUGGUUGGAGUGCGGUGUGACCAGUGUGAGGAUGGAUACUGGGGCCUGCAAUCUGGGUGUCAGCCAUGUAACUGCAACCCACAACACGCCCUCAGCAACCUCUGUGACAAGAUUACAGGCCAGUGUCCCUGUGAGCAAGGAUAUGGUGGGAAACAGUGUGGAGAAUGUGCAGAGAAUCACUUUGGAAACCCAGAUAUUCAAUGCAUAUCCUGUGACUGUAACAUGGAGGGUACAGUUCACCCAGGCUGUGACCCUUACACUGGUGAGUGUAUGUGUCGGCCUGGUGUGAGCGGUAUUUUCUGUGAUGAGUGUGCUCCGGGGCAUGACCCAGUCUUCCCCGCCUGCGAGCCCUGCCACACCUGUUUCCUGCUGUGGGAAAAAAAAGUAACUGACAUCACACAGGCUACUACAGCGAUGCUUUCUUUGAUCCCUCGUCCUGGUACUGUCCCUGGCGACACACGGCUCCACAAACGCUUGCAGGAACUAAAUGAGAAGCUGAAGAACCUGACUAGCAUGCUAGGCCAUGAUCAGAAUGAGCUGGACACUAUAGAACAGCUUCUAAAACAAAUCAGAAACACAACUGAUACCAUAGAUCCAAACAUAAUUAUAAUUGACCCAUCUCAAGUACUUAAUACUGAAAUUGAUAACAUUCGUUAUGAGUUCAAGAGGCUGCUGGACAACCUGGAGAGAAAAAUUAAAGAAGGCCCAAAACUAGAUCUAAAAGCACUGAAUGACACUUUAAAGAAGAUCCGAAAGCUCCAUGCUGACUUCAUGAAAGAUGAAGAGAAAGUGAAGGAGGCGAAUGGCAUCGUCGAAGCCUCCAGGCAAACUCGGCAGGACACUAAGCGUGAACUGGCCAAAUGCCAGCAGAGGCCUUUGGAUGUAUUGGAGAAGAAAGUCAAAGCACUCAAUGUAGCUCAACUCAAUGAGGAGAUCUGUGGUGCUCCAGGUGAUGUAGAGUGUGAGAAGGCGAAGUGUGGUGGUGCACUGUGUGGGAAGUGCGGUGGGCCGUCUUGUACAGGAAGUCUUCCUGUCAGUGAAAACACCUUAAGCACAGCAGAGAAAACUGAGAAAGGCCUCCUUGAACUGCUCAGUAAUCUCACAGAGGCAGAGACAAAGAUCAAAGAAGUCAAAAAUAUAAAUGAAGGCAUCAAAGACAAAGCACAGGACAUGAUGAAUAAAAUCAUCAACAGUAAGAAUACGUUUGAGAAGGACAAGAAUAAUAUUAAAAACCUUAUCAUUCGUGUCAGAGAAUACUUGACAGCGGACACAAUGGAACCAGAAGACAUUGACACGCUGGCCACUGCUGUGUUGGAUAUUCAGCUGCCUAGCUCGCCAGAUGAGAUCAAGAAGAUGAUCCUGGAUAUCCAGAACAUCCUUUCCAAUUUCACACAUUUUAAAGAGGACCUGAGGCCCUUGCAGUACCAAGCUGGAUUAGCUAAAGAGAUGAAACAAAAGGCUGAUGAAAUUCUGAAUAGUACUAAGCAGAUUGAUAUCAGUGAGAUCAAGAAGAACUUGAAUGAUACUGCCCAGCUUCAAGGCAAGAUCAUGCAGGGCCUUAAUGAAGCUGAAGACAACAAAGAUGUUGCAUCCAAAAAACUUAAGCAGACGACAGCUAAACUAAACAAUGUUGAAGAUAAUUUGAACUCCGCUCCAACCAAAAAGCUGCUGAAUGAUAUUGAGGCUCUGAAGAAUAAAACUGCAAUGAAUCAGGCUCAGGCUGCAGAGGCAAAAGCUGCCGCUGAUGCAGCAUUAGACAGCGCUGCAGACGCUAGUGAGGGUCUUAUGGAAGUAAUAGAACAGUUUAAAAAUCUGACUGAGAAAAACAGAACCCAAGGUGCUAAUGAAGUAGCUAAUGAGCGCCUGAACAACAUAAAGACGGAAGCAGAAAACAUGGCAAAAGAUAUUGAGGAUAAACUCAAUGAAAUUGAAGUCUUAGAAAAGAGGAUUCAGGAUUCAGCCCAAAAUAAAGAGCGGAAGAUGAAAGAGUUGGAGGAACUCCGGUUGAAAGCAGAGGGCUUGAAUGACUACAUUGCUGAAAAAGUGGAGCAUUAUUUUCUGUGCACCACAUAGGCAUACAGUGAUCUGUCUCACAAUUGAUACUGAUGCUGUGUGCCUCUGCUUAAAGAUCAGUCUACGUCAGAGACACCAGACAAAACUGCUGUUGCUGGACUUUCUGGAAAUUGGGAUGAAUUGUGUGAUCUUAUCUUGAUUUGCCAAAAUUGUCAACAGGAUCUCACCAAGCACCCAAGGUAUAUGUUUAUGUUUGUAUGACACCAAGAUUAUGUAUUAUGCUACUGUCCACAGUAUACGAUAGACUAAACUGAAAUGUUACUGUAGAUUCUUGUCAAACGAUCAUAUUGAAUAUGUUCCAAAUCUAGAAUGUACAAAGGAAUGUCCAGAAGAGGAUUGAGAGUUCAAAAAAAGUGUUUUAUGUUACAGUGUUAAAGGCUUCAUCCCUGA